AUGGCUGCCUUAGUAACAGGCCUGAUCCCCAUCCUGCGCACAGCAGUAGAUACCACCACCACCUACAAGUGCCGCUCGCUGUGGUUCGGCUUCCUGUGCAUCCGCCUGGUCAUCCUCUUUCUGGCUGAGCUUCCUUUCUCUAAACUGGACAAAGACUUCUCCUGCAACGUCACUGACGUCUGCAUGCAGGCCUGUUUUAAUAAACACUUUGACAAACCAAUGUUGGUGGCCUGGAACUUCAUCUAUGUGCUUGUCAUCAUCUCUGUGCUCCUCAUGGAGCUGUUCACCUCACACCUGCGCUCUCUGGCUCAUAAGAGGAGGGUAAAGGCAGGAGAUGAGGAAAUGGAGACUCAGGGAAAGGAGGAAACAGACCCAAAGGGGAGAACGGUGAUAGACUUCCACAGAGACAAGGGCACAGUGGGCUUUUACCUGCUCAGCAUCGUCCUGCGAAUCCUGUUUGAAACCUGGUUUAUGUAUGUUCUGCUGUCCUGGAACCUUUCAGCUCUGAGUGAUGAACCUUUCAAAUGUUUUGAACAAACAUGCAGAAGUCAGAAUGCAGAAUUCGCUCUCUGUGUUGUGAGGGCUGCUCCAGAAAAACGCAUGUCUAUUUACGCUUUGGCCUCCAUCUCUGGCACGGUUAUCAUUGUUUCAGUCCUAUUUUGUAUGUACUCCAUUGUUCAUUACCUCUGUGACUUCUAA